UUCAUAGUUGGCACGGAUGCUGAUAUCAUUGAUUUCAGCUAGAUUAACUCGAUACUUACGCAGAUUUUCAACGAAAUAACGCGAAACGGGAUGAAGGAGCACGUUCCUCUUUGACUAGCCUUUGACAGCGGUUUGUUUACACUUUUCGCGUCGAACGGAUCAGCCGAACCCGACCGUGGUCCAUCCGGAAUCCUCAAAAAUGACCACCCCCGAGCUGAUUCACCAGUACAAAACGACGUGCAACAAAUUGAAGAAAAUCCAGCGAGUUUUAAUCAAGCGAUUUGGGCCGAGCCUUUCGGAUGUGACGGAGGAGUUUGGUACGCUGGCCAACAGUUUUAAUGAGGCUUUUCAACCGGAUUACGCCGCACUGUGUUACAUAGGGCAGAGUAAAUGUGAGAAGCUGAUCGGUAACGAGAUGGGUGAGGUCGAAGCCCUUCUACGGGCUGCCCGUUCCUUUCGCAGCGCACACGCCAAACAGGAGCGGGUUCGGGCGGAAAACAUCUCGUCCGAGUACCACGAAGGUGCGUUUCGCUGUUACACACAAGCACUUUCGAGGUUGCCCGAUAAAUCGGUUAUUGGGGCCGCCAUCAUUCGGGAGCUGAAGGAGAUCAACCCGAGCGUUGAACUGACGAGUGACUUCAGUUCUCCGUGCCAUCGCAUCUGGGAUUUGGAGCAAUCGGCUGAGGAUAGUUUGCGAGCUCGUGACUACGUCGCUGCGUUCGAGAAGCUGUCGGAGAUCUACGACGACGUUACCGAACGCAAAUGUGAAGCACUCUACCGGGAGGUGAUGGAUCGGAUCGAAGUGUCCAGGUUGCUGUUGCUCUGUCUACUCCAGUUGCCACCUUCCGUCCGCUAUGAUCAUAAGUUCCUGGAACGCUACUCAUCCAUCACGGACGGCGCGAGUCCCGCGGAACACGGACAGUUGCCAGAAGAUCUCGUAUUCCUCCUGCAGUCGCUUGUGGUGUCCUGCCAGACGAAAGAUAUUGAGUCGUUGAUUUCGGUACGCGAUGAAUUGUGCCAGCGGCCAGAGCUGACCUCUUCCCAGCAGACCCUUCUGAAGGAGGUGAUCUCCAAGUACAGCAAAUGAUAUUAAAUGUGCCAGAGGCAUUUGUGGGAGCAACCUGUAUUACCUGUAAAUAGCACUCAUGACAGUCCACACAGAAGCUAGCUGCGCUAAGUUGGUUAAUGUUGCAAUGACGCAUAUUGCUUUUAAAGUAUUAGCUCGUAAGAAAGGCAUGUGAUUUCUAGUGCUUGCGGUACACCUAUGCAUACAAACAAGAAUGCCUAUAAAUAAUCAUAAACGCACGUUACAACGGCCUUUGGCCUUGAAGCAAGAGCCGAGACUUUAAAUAAAUCCAAUGAGAACGAUACAAAGUUCUUUGAAUCCUAGGUACUCGCUUACAGCAUUAUUUGUAACGCGUAAUAGUAAGGACCAGUGGGACCUCCUCAAUAGACACAUUACGGCAACGCCAUAAAUCAUGAAGAUUCAUAAGUCCA